CUUUUAUCAUCAUCAUAAAUGCUCUCGUCUCAUCCACGAAUCUAUAAUCUUACAUGCCAUCGAGUCCGCCUCCGCCAUCUCCGGUGCCUGAUUACUCUAGCUGGAGUCCAUGGUCAAUCUCGACCAUCGUCGUCGUAUGCAUCGUCUUCCUACUGUUGAGCAACUAUAGACUUUUGAAACAAUUGUGCCGUGUCCUUCAUGGACUGUUUACCGGUCGACCUACGGUCCAAUUUGAGGAAAACCCUAACAAUCCUUCACUACAAAUCCAUGGCCAUGGACUGGAGACCUCGAUGAUUCGUUUGCUACCUAUAUCGCAGUUCAAAAAGAAUGAAGAAUCCGAAUCAACGACAAGUUUCAAUACGGAAUGCGCUGUUUGUUUGGGUGAAUUCGAAGAAGGGGAAUUGAUUAAACACUUACCGAAUUGUAAUCAUUCGUUUCAUAGUCCUUGUAUCGAUGCCUGGUUCCGUAAUCAUUCGAGUUGCCCUCUCUGCAGAUUGCAAGUCUUGAGUUUCUCUACUCCUGAUUCUUCUUCUUCAGCAAUGCUGGAAACGCUUGGAAGAGAAAAUGUUCUACGAGAAAGAGUAGCGCAUUAUCAAACACUUCGUGCUCAAAUUCUGCAGCACCCUGAAUUCAGAAGAGAUGCAUCGAUUCAAGGAACAGACCAACGAAACCGAUGAACAAAUAAAUCGAGGGAAGGAGAAAUUUGUGAUGAAGCCGAGUUCUCGGCGAUUUUUCUUUGAAGCAUUUAUUCAUCAACCAAUGCAUCCGUGAUCAGUAAAAAUUUAUGAAUUUUCAUUUUCUUUCUUCGAACUUGAAAUUAUUAUAUUCCAUAGAUGAGUUAUAAUUUAUGUAAUCAUAUUUAAACUUUGAGAAUUAAAUUUGUAAUUAUUGCAAAAUUCACAAA